AUGUCACUCUUCCAUACCAAGACUAUCUGUGUUCAGAUUACGGUGAGAACUAGGAGCGGAACCGAGACUCACGAGGAUAACGCCACCUGGCGAGGUCACAAUAGACAGUCGAGCAAGACGGAUUCUGCGCCGGAGCCGAAGACCAAACAGGCCAAGACGUCUGAUGCCCGCCCUUCUACGCCAGAUGGGCAAAAGCCCACGCUUACAGAGAAGGAGCUCGAGUUCGACUUCGACCACUCUCAGAUCCGGGACCCGCGAGCAACGCCGGGUCGCGUCAAGCAUCCCCGGUAUGAGGAGCGCGAACUAAGUGAAGAGUUUCUAUCCAAGUUCCACAUCCCCAAGCAUAGAAACAAGCAUACGGACCCGUUGUAUUCAUUCUACGAUCUACAUCGAUGUCACCGUAAGGGUCCAGAUGGGUCCCCGACCUACGAUAGCGCGGGCUUUCAACUCGACUAUGAGAAAGCCGCAAAGUGGAUGAAGCCAGUGGCUUACAACAAAAAGUCCAUGGUCAACGGCAUGGAGCGCCAUCUCAAGAGAGUCGAAGAAGAGACAAAGAAAAUCUACGACAGCUUCUUUGUUGAUGGAAAGGGUCCGGAGGGUGAAGAGGGUAGUACGCAGGUCAUGCAUCAGAUCAAAGAUCAGGUUUCCAAGGAUCUCGGGGUCCCCUGGCACCAGAUCGAUCCCAAGCAGCUGAAGAAAUUGGGAGAUCAGGGGCUCGCCAAGGUCGACGCGGAUAAAUGGUGGCAUCGACCAAAUCAAGUUGAGCGUGAUCGAUUCAUGAAGAUGCUAGGCGGAGCCUCUCUCCGGAAGGAUUUCUAUCCGUGA